GGCCCCGGCUCUGGCUGCCCCGCGUUCCCGACGGCCUUUCACCGGCGCCGGAGAGGGAAGCAGCGCCACAACUCUCCACCGUCUCGUCGCUUCCCCUCCACGGGGCUGGCGAGUAGACGGCAGGAGCCGCGCCACACCAGAUUUCUCCUGUUGAUACGGAAGCCCUAAGGACGGCGUGUAAAUGGCUCAACCUUCUGUCAUUCUAGCGACUGCAAGUUAUGAUCACACAAUCAGAUUUUGGGAAGCCAAGAGUGGUCGCUGUUACCGCACAAUUCAGUAUCCAGACUCGCAAGUCAAUCGCCUUGAGAUAACCCCAGACAAACGAUUCUUAGCUGCUGCUGGCAAUUCACAUAUCCGCCUUUUUGAUGUUAACUCAAAUAGCGCGCAACCGGUAAUUAGCUAUGAUUCGCAUACUAGUAAUGUGAUGGCCGUGGGAUUCCAUUGUGAUGGCAACUGGAUGUACUCGGGUUCUGAAGACGGCACUGUGAGAAUAUGGGACUUGAGGACUGCCACUUGCCAACGAGAAUAUGAAAGUCGUGCAGCUGUCAACACCGUGGUCCUGCACCCCAAUCAGAAAGAACUAAUAUCUGGUGAUCAGAACGGAAACAUUCGUGUGUGGGAUUUGGCUGCUAAUUCAUGCAGCUGUGAGUUGGUACCAGAGGUCGAUACAGCUGUAAGAUCUCUGACAGUCAUGUGGGAUGGGAGUAUGGUUGUAGCUGCAAAUAACCGCGGGACAUGCUAUGUUUGGCGCUUACUUAAGGGUACUCAGACAAUCACCAGCUUUGAGCCACUCCAUAAGCUGCAAGCCCAUGAUGGCUACAUUCUGAAGUGCCUGCUUUCACCUGAAUUUUGUGACCCUAACAGGUAUCUCGCAACUGCAUCAUCUGACCACACUGUAAAGAUUUGGAAUGUGGAUGGCUUCAAGUUGGAACGCACUUUAGUUGGUCAUCAGCGUUGGGUCUGGGACUGUGUAUUCUCAGUAGAUGGCGCUUAUUUGAUAACUGCUUCCUCUGAUACCACCGCAAGAUUGUGGACGAUGUCAACCGGAGAGGCCAUCAGGGUGUACCAGGGGCACCACAAGGCGACUGUCUGCUGUGCUCUCCAUGACGGGGCUGAAUCGGCGCCCUCAUAAGCAAUAGGGCAACAUGAUGUUCUGUACAUAUUUGUUUGAUUUGAAGACAGCACGCCCUGCUGCUAGAUUUUCAGGGCCUUAGCAACUUGAGGACAUUUGAUUGCUGUAGUGCAUGUAACAAUGUAUAUGCAGGCAGCCUUUUGGGCUGUGUGCGAAUGAUUUGUAUUAUUAUUUACAGUGGUGGAUAUUCUUGCACAACCAAAAUAAUAUUAUGUUACUGUCGUC